CGGGCCGGGAGCGCCCCGGGCAGUAACGCACGCACUAGCUACUCCCCGGAGUUAGAACCCUUAGCUUGUCUCCUCUCUGUCCUCUCGGACAGGAGGGCCACAGCAUACUUCCCAGCUCCCUCCAGGACCUUCUGGAUCAUCUUGUCCGUUGCCUUGUUGUUUUUUGCAGUUGUUGGUGUCACUGUCGUGGGGGUUCUCAGCUUCUCCCCCAGCUCUGCCCAGGCUGGCUCCCAGCUCCUCCGAGUGACGCUCCAGGGCCAGCAGGACCCGCUGAGGAACCAGACAGCCGUGGUGGACCAGGCCAGGAGCACCGUCACCUACUACAUCACCUCGCAGAGCAACCUGAGCGCCGUGGUGCUGUACGACAGCAGGAACGGCUACGUGUGCUACAAGCCGCUGGAGCAGCGAGCCUGCUACCUGAGGAGGAUGGACCCCUGGGACCUGCAGACCCUGCAGACGGCUCUCAACACCUCUGAGCACAGCGCUGAGCAGCUGCUGCACCCCAACAACCAGACCAAGUUCUACCGGGAGUUCCUGGGCAUUGUGGCAGGGGAGCAGCUGGAGCCCAGGGGCCUGGGGGAGGCUGUGCAGACCCUGUGUGAGCACACCUCCAUCUUCUGGGUGCGCAGAGGGCACGGCCCGGGCAGGCAGCGCCUCAUCUACCUGUGCAUUGACAUCUGCUUCCCCAGCAACAUCUGUGUCUCCAUCUGCUUCUAUUACCUGCCCGAGUAAGUGCUGCAGCCACGGCCGCCCUCUCUGCCCUCACACUUGAACUGGAUUCCUGAAAAGCCUCUGACUUCCACGAGGAAGGGAACACCUGCAACAUCCCCAGAGCUUCCUGCUGAUUCCGUGCUGCGGGUCAGGAGAGCUUAGAGAAACAGGAUCAGGAGAGUUUAGAGAAACAGGAGGCCUCUGCUCAGCACUGCCAGCACAGACACUGCAGCUCUGCUCCAGGGCUGUGCCUCGUCCGUAGGAAUUAGGAGACCCAGGCCCAGAGGUAUCCCGGGAAGCAGCUGGAGUUUUGGGGCUCCAGGCUCUGUUCAGCACAAGGUGGUUGUUGUUACACUUGGGGGGUGGUUGGCUUUAGGAGAGCAGCUCUCCAAGUCACUCUGUGAAACACUUUGAAUAAAGGGAUUGCAAACCAA